AAAAAGUUUUUGUCAAAAACCGCUAUUAACUGACCACAUGAUGAUUCACACCGGUGAAAAGCCAUUUUCAUGUGUGACAUGUGGGAAAACUUUUAGUCGAAAAUUUAGUUUAACUCAGCACAUGAUGAUUCACACAGGUGAAAAGCCGUUUUCAUGUGUGACCUGUGGAAAACGUUUUAGGCAUAAAUCAGCUUUAACUCAGCACAUGAUGAUUCACACUGGUGAAAAUCCGUUUUCAUGCGUGACCUGCGGAAAAAGUUUUGGUUAUAAACCGGCUUUAACUCAGCACAUAAUGAUUCACACAGGUAAAAAGCCGUUUUCAUGCGUGACCUGUGGAGAACGUUUUAGUCAUAAACCGACUUUAACUCGGCACAUAAUGAUUCACACAGGUGAAAAGCCGUUUUCAUGCGUGACCUGUGGAGAACGUUUUAGUCAUAAACCGACUUUAACUCGGCACAUAAUGAUUCACACAGGUAAAAAGCCGUUUUCAUGCGUGACCUGUGGAAAAAGUUUUAACCAUAAACCGACUUUAACUCAGCACAUGAGAAUUCACACUGGUGAAAAGCCAUUUUCAUGUGUGAACUGUGGAAAAAGCUUUAGUCAAAAACCGGCUUUAACUCAGCACAUGAUGAUUCACACUGGUGAAAAGCCGUUUUCAUGUGUGAAGUGUGGAAAGAGUUUUAGUCAAAAAUCUAAUUUAACUCAGCAUAUGAUGAUUCACACUGGUGAAAAGCCGUUUUCAUGUGUGACCUGUGGGAAACGUUUUAUUCGAAAACAAAAUUUAACUAAGCACAUGAUGAUUCAUACUGGUGAAAAGCCGUUUUCAUGUGUGACCUGUAGAAAAAGUUUUAUUCGAAAACAGAAUUUAAUUCGGCACAUCAUGACUCACACUGGUGAAAAGCUGUUUUCUUGUAUGAGCUGUGGAAAAAGUUUUAAUCAAAAACAGCAUUUAACUGAGCAUAUGAUGAUUCAUACUGUUAAAAGGCCAUUUUCAUGUGUGACCUGUAGAAAAAGUUUUAUUCGAAAACAGAAUUUAAUUCGGCACAUCAUGACUCACACUGGUGAAAAGCUGUUUUCUUGUGUGAGCUGUGGAAAAAGUUUUCUUCAAAAACAGCAUUUAACUCGGCACAUGAUGAUUCAUACUGGUGAAAAGCCUUUUUCAUGUGGAAACUGUGGAAAAGGUUUUCUUCAAAAACAGAAUUUAAUUCGGCACAUGAGGACUCACACUGGUGAAAAGCUGUUUUCUUGUGCGUGCUGUGGAAAAAGUUUUCUUCAAAAACAGCAUUUAACUCGGCACAUGAGGACUCACAGAGGCGACAAGCCGUAGCAGUGUUUUACAUGUGUAUCCUAUGUUGAGCUUCACUAUUAAAUUGAUUUGGUUAAAAACUAGAAUUAAAGACUGGAGAGAUUUCAUGUCUAUAAAGCAUCUUGACAUUAGGAUACGUAGAGAUGUGAAGCAAUUUCCUUGAGAGAUGCUUUGUUUUUUUUCUGGCAUAUUCUGUAGCAACAAUAAUGACAAACUGUAUUGUUGUUAUAUAAACCAUUCAAUAAAAUGACAUGGAUUAUAACAAAA